CAAAGGGCUCCUUCAGCUUAGAAUUAUAAUUACUCAUAGUUGCCAGGAAUUAAUUUUCGAAGGUUAAACCCCACUGCUCCAUGUCCUAACUACGCUGGUGCCUUUAUAUCGCCUCAGGCCUCAGUGUAUCGCCAGACACACAAGGGGAAACGGCGUAUCGUACCGCAGUGCUACCAUGAAGGCUCUGGGCCCUGUUUUAAUUGUUGUCUUCCUCUUCGGAGCCACAGCAGCCGAGGAGGUACUAGGAGAACACCAGGAAAAUGUGCAGAGCAACGCGACGUCAGCCCCAGGCGCUGUAGAAGAUGGGAAUUUCGGCGUCUUUAACGAGUUCGUUAAUGGUUUGGGUCAUCUCUAUUCUGCUCUGGAUAACCCUGACUCCGCCUGGACAACAGCACCUUACAUUCCUCAGUCAGCCGAAAACAGGUCCACUCCUAUGCCGGGAGAAGUUCAGAGCGAAGCCGUUCCGCAGAAUCAUAGUAUUGGGAUUGAGAGCUUGUUUAACCUGGUUGUUCGAAUGAAGGCCCUAAGUGAAGAUGUCAGGAAAUCCUACAGAGACAAAAUGGAGAACACGACUUCGACUGCGACAGAAAACCAUCCCAACCAAGUGUCGACGUCGACGAUCACGCCUUCGGCAUCUCCAAAUAUCACUCCUUUCAUAGCUGCCGUGAAGGAACUUUCGCAGACGUAUGAGCAGUAUAUCAAUGCCAGCCAUGACCGCGUAUCGGCCUCACCUACAGCUGCGUCUGUCCCCCCUCAGGAUGGCCUACAGUCGGCCAUAUCAGCGCUGGAAGAUCUACUGGCAGCCCACCGGAAAUACCAAAACGCCUCGUUCAACAACCCGAACGCGUCCGUGGCCCCAACCCUGAAUUCUGAGGACAAUAUCACGGGCCUCCUGAAGAUCAUCGAGGAGCUAGGACAACUGGCUGCCUUCCCUGACCCCCACUUGGCCAGCAGUGCCACUACAGCCGCCUUACCUUCGACAACCACCGUAACGACAGAUGCGCCCACCUCCCCGGCCACCUGUGAACCGCCCCUCCAGGAGAUCGCCUAUCGGAUGUGCAUCUUGGUGGUGAAGGACAAGAGGCUCAACUGGUUCGACGCUGGAGCCUACUGCCGGGCUCGAGGGGGCCAGUUAGCACAGGAUUCGGUGGUGAUCAAGACUCGACGCUAUCUGAACGAACUCUACGGCGAAGAGGGCCUACGUGUGCGCUGGCCCUUCUGGGUGGGUGGACAUGAAGUGACCGAGGAAGGCAUUUGGCAAUGGCAGUGGAAAGAUGGCGGCCUCGUCUCCUCUUUCCUCUGGAGCCACAAGCAACCUCGGUAUUACGCUAACAACCUAACGCCAAGGGGAUCGUGCAUGAUUCUGGAUGGGUUCCAGGCCUUCUACGGGGGUUCUCUGCCGUGCCACCUGCGCAGAAGAUUCGUGUGUCAGAUGUGGAAGUGAAGACCCAAGCUUGUACGCGGGGUCAGUUGAAGGGAUGGGCUAGAUCAGUAGCAACUCGAGAAGGUCAUGGCGUCUGAUUCUAUUUUUUGAUUAAUUAAUUAUUAUUAUUAUCAUUAUUUAUCAUUAUUAUUAUUUUUUUAAGCACAUGGGGUUUAAUUUGAUGGUCACAGAAGUUACAGGAUGCUUUGUGAAUGUGGUCGAUCAUUUUGGUCUUUUCAGUUUUCAAGAAGGAUCGAGAAUAAUGAUUUGAAUGGUUAUAUUUUCAUUGAACAAUCAUCAAAACAGACGCCAUGACACCUCCUCGAGUUGCUAAUGAUCUAGCCUUCCCCGUCAGCUGAAGGUGUAAGAGGGGAAUAUUCGGGGAUAUAGGCCUACAAGUGAACUGAGUGUGCGGGGAUACAGAUAUAUUCAAGGACAUCUUAACUAUUGUAAUCCUGCAGUCUGUCAAACUGUAAAAGUUCUUAGAAUAGAAAUAUAUAUGUAUAUACACAUCAUUUUCUUA